GCAUGGCUUAAAGAAAUAAACUGUUCAAUUGUCUAAGAGGAAUCGGGAAUGUUAUUGUAAUUAAUGGGCUGCAGUUUAACUUGUCUGGCUCAUUAAUUAAUCACAUCUUUAAGAUUUGUAAAGUAUGGUGUUAAGCUUUGUAAAUUUAUGGUGAAAUUAACAGGUGAAUGACACUUAUAAACUAAUCAACAACAUCCUUCUGUUCCCUUGCUUUCUUUGUUUACAUUUCUUCAAUAUUGGAUCAUCUGUAAUAUUUUGCCUGAAUUUCAGGGCUCAACAGAGGAAGAAACAGUUGGAUUUCUCUCUCCUAAUCUAAUACAUGUUACGAGAAAGAUUGAUAUUGGGAUUAUUCAAACGCCAAAAGUACCCGUUUUGUUUCAUUUAAUUCAUUUGUUGUAUUUUAUUUGUAAAAUUGUCAACUUGCUUUAAAAUACUGUCGGAAAUGGCUACUGGAUCAACAGGAGAUGAAACUGUAGUUUGUGUUCGACGGAUUUUGUCCGUUUCUGAUAUGGAUCAUUGGUUUAAAAGUCAGGGUUACAAGGAUGUUUCGGCAUUUAUAAAACAAUUGAAUGAUUUCGCUAAAGGUGCUCAUAAUGGACUGGAUAAUGCCGAGUCAAUAAAGGAAAUUUGCUUAGUUCAAGUGAAAGAAUUACUCGAUGAUUUAACCAUGCUAGUUGACGAAGUAAAGCCAAUCCAAGGGGACAAAAAUCAACGAUUUGGUAACAAAGCCUUCCGAACUUGGUGUGAUGGAAUGAAGAAAAGGUGUCAGACUUUGUUGGAAGCAAACUAUGAAAUAUCCGAAAGAAGUGAACUAUUACCAUACCUACAAGAAUCUUUUGGUAAUCAACAUCGUAUUGAUUAUGGAACUGGGCAUGAAUUAUCAUUCAUCAUAUUCUUAAUGGGUCUUUAUAAAUUGGUAAUAUGUAAAGACAAUAUGAAAUUGCCUGUAGAUCAAGCGAAAAUCGUUUCUCAAGAAAUUUUAACUCUAUUUUCUGUAAAAUAUAUGCCUCUGUGUCGCAAGAUACAAUUAACUUAUCAAUUAGAACCUGCUGGAUCUCAUGGUGUCUACUCUUUAGACGACUUUCAAUUUUUACCUUUUCUAUUUGGUAGCUCACAACUAGUAGCUCAUCCAAAGCUUGAGCCUAAAAAUUUUCCGGAUCCCCAAGUUGCCGAGGAUAAUGCAUCUACAUACAUGUUUUUUGCUGCCAUCCAUUUUAUUCACCAAGUCAAGAAAGGUCCAUUUCCAGAGCACUCAAACCAACUUUGGAAUAUAAGUGGAGUAGAAAAUUGGAGCAAAAUUAAUCGUGGACUUCUGAAAAUGUACACUGAUGAAGUGCUCAACAAAUUUCCAAUCGUCCAGCACUUAGUAUUUGGUCCCAGAAUUUUAAUGUGGGACCUUGUUAGGUGAUGAAUGAGCGACUAUCACAACUAACUGUAAUUUGCUCUUGUAAUUGUAUCAAUUCAAAGUUAAAUGAGUAUGAAAUAAACAUUGAGCUGAUUUCAAUAGAA